CUAAGUAUUUUUCACCUUUAAAUCAGGCUUGUACCAUAUUCAUUGAUGAAAUUAAUCGAGUUGAAAGUUUGUCUCCACCGGCGGAAGCAGUAGUGUGUAAAUCUAACGUUCCCAUUGUGUAUGACGUUUUUGGUAAGGAAGCUUGUGAUUGGACGAGCUUACCGGAAGUAAUGCGAGGGACCACAAGCUACAUGCAUGUGAACGAUAUUGGGCGAACAAUCUGAAUUAUCUGAGUUUUUCGCGACCCUGCUCGUGCACUUGGAGGAAACAUGGCCGGCUUCUUUAGAAGAAGCAUUGCAGCGAAGCUGAGUGAGACGCUGCAUCAGACGGAGGAGGCCUUCGUUCCAGCUCUGUCCGCGGUUCCAGUGCUCAGGAAACGGCAGACUGCGGACUUCAGACUGUCACUUGGCGCAUUAAGAGGCGAAGGGACUUUACCCCAGAGUGAAGACAUCCUGCUGCAGGCACAGCGGUUGGCCACACAGUUAAAGCGGGACACUGUGGUGGAAGAAAUCACAGCAGAUGGUGGAGAGGUUCAUUUCAAAGUUCAUCGUGACCUUCUUGUUCAGAAAUUAUUGGAGGCGUUUGGACGAGGGGAGGACGAGAAGUUUGGGUUCAACAGUGAACUCUUCCAUUCACUGAAGAGAGGAACGACGUUAGUCGAGUACAGCUCUCCAAAUAUCGCCAAAAAGUUCCAUGCGGGUCAUUUAAGGUCUACAAUUAUUGGUAAUUUUAUUGCUAACCUGAAGCGAUGCCUUGGACACAACGUUAUUCGGAUGAACUAUCUGGGAGACUGGGGGAUGCAGUUUGGUUUGCUCGGCGCUGGGUUCGGCCAGUUUGGAUGUCAGGACAAACUGACACAGAAUCCCCUGCAGCAUCUGUUUGAGGUUUAUGUCCAAGUAAACAAGGAAGCAGAGCACAAUGACGAGCUGAAGCAGUCUGCCAGAGACUUCUUUCUACGCAUGGAGCAGAACGAGAGCCGGGCCAUGUCGCUAUGGCAACAGUUCAGAGAUAUCACCGUGAAGGAGUAUCGGCACGUGUACGAGAGGUUAGGGAUGCAAUUUGAUAUUUACUCCGGCGAGUCCUGUCACCGAGGCGACGCCCAGGAGGUGGUGCAGCAGCUGCAGAGCCGAGGCCUGCUGAAAACAUCUGAGAGUGGGACGGGUGUAGUGGAUCUGUCCCCCGAUGGAGACAUGAGCAGUGUGUGUACGCUGCUCCGUAGCGACGGCACAACUCUCUACAUCACCAGAGAUGUCGCUGCAGCCAUUGACCGAAAGGAAAAAUAUGACUUUGAUGAGAUGAUUUACGUGACAGAUAAAAAUCAAGAAAACCAUUUCCACCAGCUGUUCCAGAUCCUGCACGCUAUGGGACAUUCCUGGUCUGACAGGUGUCGGCACGUGCCCUUCGGCCUGAUCCGGGGCAUGAAGACCCGCAGCGGGGAGGUGGUGUUUCUGGAGGACGUGCUGGACGAAGCUCGGGCCAGGAUGCUCCGCAACAUGAGCCAGGCAAAAACAACUAAGGAAAUGGUCGACCCAGAGGACACAGCAGAGAAGGUGGGAAUCAGUGCACUAAUAGUUCAGGACUUUAAAGGUCCACUCCAGGCGGACUAUAAUUUCAACUGGGACCGGAUGCUGCAGGCGCAGGGUGACACCGGCGUCUUCCUUCAGUACACUCACGCUCGUCUCUGCAGCUUAAUACAAAAGAAUGAAGGCCUGGAAGCAGCAACAUUUGAUGCAUCCGCUGUGGAGCAGACGGGCAUCUCCAUCCUGCAGCACCUCCUUCGAUACGAUGAGGUGCUGUACAUGUCCGCCCAGGAUCUGCAACCGAGACACCUCGUCAACUUUUUAUUGAAGCUGAGUCACCUUGUGGCCUCAGCGCACAGAGAGCUGCCAGUGAAAGGAAGUCCUCCGUCCGUGGCACAGACGCGGCUGCUGCUGUUCAGUGGCGCCCGCUCCGUCCUGGUCAGUGGGAUGAGGAUCCUCGGCAUCACACCGGUUGAUAAAAUGUGACACGCACCAUUUCCCUGCUGGAGUUUAUUUAUAUGGUAAUACUGUAAAAUACCUCUU